GGCUGAUCACGGGGUGGAGGCGCGCGCGAGUCAGUCACUCGGCGGGUCCGGGGCUCAGGGGUUCAGGUCGGGUGCGGAGGCGGUGCAGCGAUGGGGGGCGGUAGGAUGUGGCUGAAGAUGGGCUACUCGGGCCUGGGGCUGGUGCUCGGGCUCUCGGCCUUCCUGUGCUGGAGCCUGGCCUUCAGGCAGCCGGGGACCGCGGCCUUCGGGGGCCUGUCAGGUGUGCUCGCCUUCUGGUGCCUCGUGGCUCACAUCAUGUAUGUGCAAGAUUACUGGCGGACGUGGCUCAAAGGCCUGAAAUUCUUCCUGUUUAUCGGGAUCCUCUUCCAAGUGGUGGCAGUGGUGGGAUUUAUCACAUUCCUGGUGUUGGCCGUCACCAAGCAGCAGUCGCUGACUGACCCGACCAGCUACUACCUGUCCUGCGUGUGGUGUUUUGUUACGUGGAAGUGGGCGUUCCUUCUCUCUCUCUACUCGCAUCGAUACAGGAAGGAGUUUGCGGACAUCAGUAUCCUGAGCGACUUCUGAAUCGGGCCUGUGCACACCAGUGUGUCUUUACACGACUGCACACUGACUGGUGACCCGCGCUCACGACUUGGUGGCACGUGCACACUAACAAGUGAUUCGUGCGCACUAUUUGGUGACUCUCGCACUAAUUGACGACACGUGCUCACCACCUGGUGACCCGUGCACAUGAAUCGGUGAGCCGCGCUCACCAGCGGGCGAUGCGUGCACCUAAUUGGUGACACGUGCACCCUUCGCUGGUGGCACGCUCUCGCCCCGGGCUAACCGGUCUCUCGCGUGCAUACACGCUCGCCGGCGACACGAGUGUACACUUAACCUGGCGUACACGCUUGUAGCCUGCGUGGCACAGUGACCGUGGAGCCGUGUACACACUGGCCAGUGGCUCACUGGUGGAAUUAAUUAAUUAAUUAAUUAAUGUCGUGGUAUAACUUAUUGUGAUGGUGGAGUCGUAUUUGUCCUGUGCAUCUAGGAUUGUGUUUCAUCCAUGUGUGUGUUUUUUAAUCAAAGAGACAAGCUAAGGGGGUCAAUUAUCACGGGAUAGGUAGAUAGAAAGAGAGCGGCAUCUCUCUCGUGUCUGCGUCUGCUUAUUUGCAGCGACAACAAUAUGUUUUUUUACAGUUAAUCACUUUCUAAGGACAUCCGGUCAGAGUCCUUGCAGCACAGUCAGAGAUCAGCAGCCCCUAUUCCUCGCCUUCAGCUGUCCGUAUAAUAUACAGGGAUUCACGGCUGUAUCGCAGGAAAAUUAUCUCUCGGAUUGCCAGGUGUUUGGCUUAUAAGCCCUCUGCUGUCAUUAAGAGUCCCCGAGGCCCGAAAUUCCAUCUCGUCUUAGCCUGCGAGAGCGUUCUGUCUUAAGGUUCAAGGUGGUAGAGAAAUAGUAGCAAAUUCUUAAAUACGGUUUGAGCCGUUUUUCUGCAGUUCUUGAAAAGAAAAGAAUCCGAAACUCUGACAAACGCCAGAGACUGUAUCCGUUCUUUUCUGUCAGACCUUAGGUUCCUGAAGGCGGAGACUGAGUGGAAUUUCGGACUUUUGCCUCUUGAGUUGGUUCAAGCUGAGGAGGUUACACGUGCGCUCGGGACUUGGGAUGGAAAAACUCUUCCCAAAGCGGAUUGUGUGUCCCAAAACAACAACUUGAGGGAGGGAGACAGAUUGAGGUGUUAGCACAUCUGUCCUUCCUGCCCCUGCCUCGGACCGUACCAACGUCUCUGCGCAAAUCCAGAGUCUAAAGUUAUAUCCAGAAACCAUUUUGUUUGUUCAGGGUCAGCUCCUGUUAACCCUGCAGCCAAAACCCUAUCGAGUAGGGUGGUCCUAGCUGGACAAGCAGAGGGAAGAAAGAUUGCCAGGCAAUGCUAUCAAUGCGGUUUUAGCUGCUUAGACUCCAGCUAACGCACGGUUUGGGCUCCACACAUAGAGAGAGAGAGAGCGCAUUCCAUUCCAACAAUCUAACUGGGAUUUCCAGGUGUGAGGUGGGAUGCGUGGAAUUCUCAGUGUGGUUUGGAGAUGAUGGGUGUAGACGCCCGGCUGACCAGAAAAAAAAACAUUUCACUGCUCACAUUUCACUCAAGUCACACUUUGCGAUGACUCCACUUACCUUCCAGGAGCGUUAUUUCUCCCCUCCCUGCUACCCCACCAUCGCCAAGUGGAUCUUGUGAGCAAUCAAUUGGGAAUCACGCCCCCUAUGUGUUCCUUGCUGCUCUUGCGAUAAAUAGGUGUGUAACUGCAGCCAAAGCAGACAGCCCUGACCUGCCCUGUUCUGAGCUACGUUCGACGUCACUGAGUUCUGGCGAAGACCUGUAGCUAAACUCUGGUCUCCCAGAGCAGAACUUAUCCAAUAUCACAGUGUACAACAUCUUGAGUUCAUGUAGUCCUCUUUGGACAUCCGAGCAGCUUGAAGGGCGCUAUAUAAAUGCAAGUUGUUGUAGUUUG